AUGUCGAGCGGUCAUUCAGACCAUGCCGAUGAUACUGCUACCGCACCACAACUUCCUCAGUCUGCUCCGAUGAGUGAGACCGCACACCAGAGUUCGAUUGGCGCAAUGCCGCUCGUCUCAACCAAAGAGAAAGACAGCACCCGAAAGAUAGAGAAACAGAGCUUGGAAUAUGCACUCAGAAGUGGAAUCGCCGGUGGCCUGGCCGGCUGUGCGGCGAAAACGGUUGUCGCACCACUCGACCGCGUGAAGAUCCUGUUCCAAGCAUCAAAUCCUCAGUUCGCAAAAUACACAGGCAGCUGGUCAGGUCUUGCCCAUGCGAUACGAGACAUCAAUCGACAUGAAGGCGCCAGAGGCCUAUACAAGGGCCACUCCGUUACCCUUCUCCGCAUAUUCCCCUACGCUGCGAUCAAAUUCCUCGCCUACGAACAGAUUCGCGCCGUUCUUAUCCCGUCCAGUGAACACGAGACUCCACUCCGCCGCUUGAUAUCGGGCAGUUUGGCCGGUGUCACAUCUGUGUGCUUUACCUACCCACUUGAGCUGAUGCGCGUUCGCAUGGCAUUUGAAACAAGUCAUUCGCAUCGUUCGGGAUUAUUAGAUAUCAUGCGCCAGAUUUAUCACGAGCGCGCAGCACCUACUCCCCGCUCCGCCGCAGCCACAGAAUCUUCAACGGUUGCCGCCGUCGAAGGCGCCGCAUCCACGGUGAACAAAAUUGCCCCGCGAACUGGGUUGAUUAACUUCUACCGCGGGUUCGCGCCGACUAUUCUUGGAAUGCUACCGUAUGCCGGUAUCUCCUUCCUGACCCACGAUACCGUGGGUGACUUUUUCCGCCACCCAUCUCUGGCGCCAUACACUCUGAAAAGGGCAGUGGAUGGUGAUAUUGAUCCUCGAAAAGCAGAACUGAAUAAGAAUCGUCCCCUGCUCAAUGCCCCAUUCGAACUCCUUGCUGGUGCCCUUGCCGGUCUCGCCUCCCAGACAUCUUCAUAUCCCAUCGAAGUCAUCCGUCGCCGAAUGCAAGUCGGUGGUGCAGUGGGUGAUGGGCAUCGUCUGGGAAUCGCAGAGACCGGGCGAAAAAUCUGGCUCGAGUGUGGUUUCCGUGGGUUCUGGGUUGGUUUGACCAUCGGGUACAUUAAGGUGGUGCCGAUGUAUGCUGUUGCCUUCUUUGUUUAUGAGCGGGUCAAGGGGUCAUUGCGGAUCGGCUGA